AUGGCCAGCGCCCUCAUGGCGCCGGAGCCGCGUCGUACGCCGGUCCGUAAGGAAGGGCCAAGGAUGCAUCCAUCAGUACCCACAGACCAUCCGGGAGGCCCCAGGUUGCAGCAGUCAGAACCAACAGACCACAUGGAAGACGCCAGAAUACAGCCGUCGGAACGCACUCACCCCACGGGUGUCCCCAGAAUUCAGCCGUCGGAUACCACGGACCGCACGGGGGGCCCCAGGGUGCGACCGUGGAAAUCCACGGACCGCACGGCAGGCCCCGGGACGCAUUCGUCGGAACCAAUGGACUGUACGAGAGGCCCCAGGGUAAAGCAGUGGAAAACCACGGACCGCACGGGAGGCCCCAGGAUCGAUCCCUCGGAAGCCAUUGACUGUACGGAAGGCCCCAGGGUGCAGCCGUCGCCACCCCUGGACCGUACGGGAGGCCCCAAGAGGUAG